AUGGGUUUCCUCAGUGAAUUGAUGUCAGAAUUCAAGGGCUCCAAGAGCGGCGGCGAACAGCAACAGCAACAACAAUCCGGAUACUCCGGAUAUCCCCCACAGGAACAGUAUGGUGGCUAUCAGCAACAGCAGCAGGGCUACCCACCACAACAGCAAGGUUAUCCCCCACAACAGGGUUACCCACCACAGCAACAGGGUUACCCGCCACCACAGCAGUCUUCCGGAGGACCACCACCGGUUUCCCCUCCAUGGUACGCAGAGUGGGAUGGACGGGAGAACCGCUGGGUCUUUGUGAACCAGCAAAACGGUGAACGCACAUACAACUACCCUGGCCCCGGCUUUGCACAACAGCAAGGUAGCUACGGUGCCCCACCACCACAAGGAGGAUACGGCUACGGCCAAGGCGGCUACAGCAAUCAGGGUGCAUCCAACCAGAGCGCCUAUGACCCUACACGUGGCUCUGCUCCAGAGGAGAAGAAGAGCGGAGGCAAUGGCUGGAAGUACGCCGCAGCGGGUGCCGCUGGACUUGCAGGUGGAGCCCUACUAAUGCACGAGAGCGAUAAAAUUGGCGAGAAAAUGGACGAAGCCAAAGAGGGCAUCGAAAACGCCCCCGAAAACGUCGCCCAUUGGACUGGCGAACAAGCCGGCCGCGUCGAGAACUUCGGCGACGACGUCGAACAGAAAUGGGACAAUGGUGUUCAGAACGUCGAAGAUUUCCCCGAGAACGCAGCCAGGUGGACGGGUGAGAAGGUCCAGGAGGUUGAGGACAUCCCAGAGGAUAUUGAGAACAAGUGGGAUAAUACGGUUGGUGGUGUAGAGAGGUUUGGGGAUAACAUGGAGGAUGCCUAUGAUGAGGGAAGGGAGGAGCGAAGGUAUGAGGAUGAUGAUUACUAG